AUGGCGCUGUCAAUCCUGACAACCUCACUCUUACUCCUCUCGGGGACAGCAUCAGCAAAUAUUCAAUCCCAGCCACCAAAACAGCACGUCUUGCCCCCCCUGAGAUCACAUGUAAACGACUGUCUCCCAGGCCCCGUCAAACACGACCUCUUGCCAUCUUGUGAAACCGCCUUUGUGUCCAACGAGACUCUCAAAAGUGGUCAGGAAAAACCCUGGACACACACCCCAUUCUGCUUGGACACCAAAGCAGGAACACCAUACUGCGUCUUUACCGCAUCCAAGUUCCAGGGACCAAAACGAGGAAUCAGCAUCAUUGCCCCCUUGUCAAACAACGCCUCUUCCUCGUUGGCCCAGAUCGAGAAGCUCAUCCUCGCGUCUCCCAAGGCCAAAGAUGACUUCAUUACUGUAGGCGAAGACCUGGAAGACCCACCGUAUGCACUCAGGACGAUUGAUGGCAAGGGUUUCGGGCUGAUUGCCACGAGGAAGAUUCCAAAGGGGUCGAUCUUCAUGACUGACUACGCCACUUUGAUGGCAGACAAGGACUUUGCUGCGAAUUUGAGAAUGGAGCAGGGGAGGUUGCUGCUCAGCGAGGCUGUUGUGCGGUUGCCUUACCCUGAUAGGGUGCUCAAGUUGGCGAGGAGCAGCACUAGACCAGGGGAUGUGCCGGCUGCGGAGGAUGUCAUGAAGACGAAUAGUUUCAGUGUGGAAGCAGUAGGUCUUUCUCCGCUUCACUUGUCACGAUUCGCUAACAUGAAUCAAGUGCCAUCACUCGAUUCAAUGCCGCUGCGCUCUCCAAGACCAUCACUGCUUUCCGGGAUAUUCUUCCGGGAGAAGAGAUUACAAUCAGCUGUGAGUUAUACACUUCUCUCUGUUACUCGCUUCGUCAAAACUGUAGCUUACCUCAACCAAGACACCGCCUUCAACCUCCAAUCCAAAAUCCGUCUCCCCCGCCUCAAGAAACUCUGGGGCUUCGACUGCUCGUGCAACCUAUGUGCCGGCCCCCCAGAGCUUCUAGCUGCCUCAGACGCCCGCCGCCAGAAAGUUGACGACCUUGGCCCUGAAAUCGUGGAGUUGGUUGAGGAAGGGAAGUUUGACGAGGCAGUCAAGCUCAACAAGGAAAUGAUCCAAGCUUUGACUGAGGAGGAGAUUUUGCCUCACAUGGGUGAUUACUAUGAGAUUAUGGGACGUUUGUAUCAAGCAUGGGGCAAGAAGAAGGAGGCAGUCGAGUGGUUUGAGAAGGCAUUGGAUGAAGUUGAGGGUUUCAAGGCGGAUGGGGCUGACGAUUUGAAGAGGAUUAUUAAGGCUCUCAAGGCGGAGAAGAAGCAGGCUUGA